AUGCGUGAGAUCGAUGGCGAUGUUUUGACCAAUCGUCGCUCACAUACAACACAAGCAGCAGCUGCCAUUGAAUCUCUCAUUAUGCAAUCCCUGGUUAUCCUUGUUGCCCUCGGGCUCUAUUGCAUCUCCGUCUCAGCAAAAAUGCAAAAUGUUACCGUAAAAGGUAUUACUGUUUGCAAUAAGAAGCGAUUGGCUAAUGUUCAUGUGGAA